GUGAAGGGCAAGACUUGCACAAUUUGUCUGUCGCUCUACUAAAUCGGACAUUCUUUUUGCCGAACAAGACCUCCAACUCCUCGGUCAUUGCGCGACGUCCUCUACCUGUGACGGUGCGGCGAUGAUUAUCUACUGUCUAGUAAUGCUGCUGAUCGAAGCAGUAAAAGCCCAAUUCCCAUUCUUUGCUGACAACGCCCAGUUAUUCUUCGAUCAGCAGCAACAACAACAGCAACCUUUCAUAUUCCCCUCUCAAACAGAAAGUCGCCAACAAUGGAUGCUUCCCGAGAUCACGACUCCAGCUCCUAUAGAACAUAUUGAAGAUGUUCCGAAUCCCGACCUUGAAGAAGGGAUUUUCCCUUUACCUGAUCCAAAAUCAUGGCCUAAGGGACCAGACUGGAACGACCCGCGCAAUACUUGGGAAGGUAUCAACGGAUGGACUAGUGACAGAUCUUCAUCAAAUAAUAUGGAUUCAUAAUUAUU